AAUGGUAUCGCCACGUGCAAGACUAUUGGUGUAGAUAGAUCCACCGGUAUGCUUAUCACAUGAUAUCCACGCAUGUUUAAAUAAGACAUAAAAGGGAGAUUUUAUCCACUUUGUCGAUACCCUUGAUUCGCAAAGCACUUCACUGAAGCACAAUCGAAGAAAAUGAAGUCCGCCGUGUUGCUUUGUUUGGUUGGAGUCACUUUAUCUUUUGUUAUUGAGAAAGAUUUAGAUGUUGUUAAAGAUGAAGCCUGGCAAAUAUGGAAGAACUCACACAAUAAGAAAUACAAGGAUUUAAGUGAGGAACACGUUAGAUAUGCCAUCUGGAACGACAAUCUGAAACGAAUCACGGAAUUUAACAAAGCAAGCGACAAUCUUUUCCUCAGAAUGAAUCAUUUUGGAGACUUAACAAACACGGAGUUUGGACAAGCUAUGAAUGGCUACUAUUCUCACAGAACACACUCCAAUGGUUCUACUUUCUUAGCUCCCAGCCACACCCAAGUUCCAGAUACCGUUGACUGGAGAGAUAAAGGAUAUGUUACACCUGUCAAAAAUCAAGCACAAUGUGGUUCAUGUUGGGCUUUCAGUACUACUGGAUCUUUGGAAGGUCAACAUUUCAAGAAAACUGGUAAACUUGUAAGCUUAAGUGAACAACAAUUGGUUGAUUGCUCGACUAGCUUUGGAAAUCAUGGUUGCCAAGGUGGUUUAAUGGACAAUGCAUUCAAAUACAUUAAAUCCAAUGGUGGUAUUGAUACUGAAUCAAGCUAUCCUUACGAAGGCCGAAAUGACAAAUGUCGAUUCAAGUCAUCAGACGUUGGAGCCACAGAUACUGGCUUUGUUGAUAUUGCAAGUGGUGAUGAGAACGCAUUAAAGACUGCUGUAGCUACUGUUGGACCCAUCUCUGUGGCUAUUGAUGCCAGUCAUUUCUCUUUCCAAUUCUACCAUUCUGGAGUUUAUGAUGAAUCCAGCUGCAGCUCAACGGCUUUAGAUCAUGGUGUGUUGGCUGUUGGUUAUGGAACAUAUCAAGGAAAAGAUUAUUGGCUUGUCAAGAACAGUUGGGGCACUGGCUGGGGCUUGAAAGGAUACAUUCGUAUGAGCCGUAACAAAGAUAACCAAUGUGGUAUCGCAUCACAAGCUAGCUAUCCAUUGAAACCUGAGACCACUUCGUUGUAUAUACUUCGGUCAACGUUUUCGUGGAAGAAAUAUCACUACAAGAAAAUGCAAUCUAUUGUUCUACUUUGUUUAAUUGGGGUAGUUUUCUCCUUUAUCAUCGAGAGAGAUGUUGAGGUGAUAAAAGAUGAAGCAUGGCAGAUAUGGAAAUCAUCACAUAAUAGGCAGUAUAAAGACAUUGGUCAAGAACGUGUUCGAUAUGAAAUAUGGCGUGAUAACUUAAAACGCAUCACCGAAUUUAAUAGUGCAAGUACCAAUCUAUUUUUAAGAAUGAACAUAUUUGGAGAUUGGACAAACACAGAAUAUAGACAGACAAUGAAUGGUUAUUUUCAGCGAAGUGCAAACUCUUCAGGCUCCACUUUCCUGCCUCCCAGCCACACCCAGAUUCCAGAUACUGUUGACUGGAGAGAUCAGGGAUAUGUUACACCUGUAAAAAAUCAAGGACAAUGCGGUUCAUGCUGGGCUUUCAGUACUACUGGAUCUUUGGAAGGUCAACAUUUCAAGAAAACCGGUACACUUGUCAACUUAAGUGAACAACAAUUAGUUGAUUGUUCAACCAGCUUUGGAAAUCAUGGUUGUCAAGGUGGUUUAAUGGACAAUGCAUUCAAAUACAUUAAAUCCAAUGGUGGUAUUGAUACUGAAGACAGCUACUCAUAUCAAGGCACUCAAGGAGAUUGUCGAUUCAAGUCGUCAGACGUUGGUGCCACAGAUACUGGCUUUGUUGAUGUAACAGAAGGUGAUGAAAACGCAUUAAAGACUGCUGUAGCUACUGUUGGACCCAUCUCUGUGGCUAUUGAUGCCAGUCAUUUCUCUUUCCAAUUCUACCAUUCUGGAGUUUAUGAUGAAUCCAGCUGCAGUUCAACGGCUUUAGAUCAUGGUGUGUUGGUUGUUGGUUAUGGAACGUAUCAAGGAAAAGAUUACUGGCUUGUUAAGAACAGUUGGGGCACUGGCUGGGGCUUGAAAGGAUACAUUCGUAUGAGCCGUAACAAAGAUAACCAAUGUGGUAUUGCAUCAAAAGCUAGCUAUCCAUUAGUUUAAAAAAUAAAAUCACCUAUUCCCCACUCGAUACCUUGCUGAAAUGGAUAAAAAGAAGCAAAAAAUAUAGCUGCAAUGGAUCAAGACAAAAGAAGCAAAUACAGUUGAGGAAGAAUUUUUUUUAUUAGUCUACUUUAUGUUUAUAAUUGUUAUUUAAAGCUGUUUAAGUUAUUUAAACGGACGCACGACCCUUUUGUAUGAUUUUCUUUUAAACAAAAUAUACUUUUGAUUGUUGUA